CUCAUGAAGAAGUCGUGUCUCACCAGCUGUUACCAUCGUGCCUUCUUAGAUACGGUGAUGCAAAGUGUAAGCAUGAGUAUAGACGACUUGUGUGCACCACUCAUUUGGCUCAUCUGCACCAUAUUUACUUUGACUUGAUGGACAUUUAGAGCUCUAUGUCGCCUGUUUUGAGUCUAGCUCAAUAGGAGCAGCUGAGUUACUUCCGUGUACAUAAAAAAGGUUGACCGCUAAGUCCCGCCUCCUUGCACGUGAUUGGCUCACCGACCUUCCCAGGAAACCUUUCUUGUCUGUGAUUGGUCGGCUGACGAGCGUCUUAUGAAACUGCUACGGAUACAUAACGAGGACAUAUGCGGCCAAGGAACCCUCCUAUGUAGGUGACCAGGAGUUAUGGAGGGGAGGGCCUGAACUGUCAUGCAACAUAUUGAGAAACUCUUUAUGAGUUCUUCAUGUUGAUCCUUGCUUUCCCCAAACUGAGCAGAGCAACUGUGCGUGUGAGGAGGCUGGCGGCUCAUCUCUGCAAAGCAACCAUGUCAACAGACCGCCAGGGCUCCAGUCCGUCCUCUGCAGGCAAUGGCGAUGCCCCCACUGCAGCCAUUCUCAUCAUUGGAGAUGAGAUACUCAAGGGUCACACUGUGGAUACCAACAGCACCUUUCUUACUAAAGCACUCAGGAAGCUCGGAGUGUCCGUGCAGCGAAUAACAGUCAUACCAGACGUCCAGGAGCUCAUUGCCAAUGAGGUGGCCCUUCUUUCUCCCCGGUAUACACACCUCAUCACCUCAGGAGGCAUAGGCCCCACCCAUGAUGAUGUCACCUUCGAGAGCAUCGCCAUGGCAUUCAAAGAGGAGUUGCAUCCCCACCCUGAGCUAAGCCGACUGGUGGAGGAAUUCUUUGGGGUGGUGGAUAAAAACAGUGCUGCUAUGAAGCUGGCCAUGGUGCCACGCUCAGCCAAACUCAAUUAUGGAACCGACCCACAGACCGGACAACUGCUACGCUACCCGCUGGUCAGUGUACGUAAUGUGUUCAUCUUUCCCGGGAUCCCAUCUUUAAUGGAGAGAGCCUUCAAUGGACUGGAGCACCUCUUUGCGAGUUCAGGGACCACUUUCCACUCUCGUGAGGUUUUUGUGGAUGCAGACGAGGCAGAGAUCGCUCCCGUGCUGACCAAACUGCAGGCUGGUUGGGCCCGAAAGGUGGCUCUCGGCUCCUACCCUGACUGGCUGAGUAACUAUCACAGAGUCCGGCUGGUCCUGGACUCUGACAGCCAGGAGGAGGUCGACAAAGCCCGGGGUCAGCUGCUAGAAGAGCUGCCGAAAGGAAGUGUGGUGCCCUUAGUCACUGACCCGGUGUCCAUCGCCACGGCUGAGGUGUACAUGCUGGCCAACAAUGGCACACCACUGGGUGAGAAGGUUAUGACUGCUCUGAAAACGAUUGAGGCUGCACUGGAUCAGUAUUCGACUGAGGAAGUCUGUGUCGGCUUCAACGGAGGCAAAGACUGCACGGCGCUGCUCCAUCUGUACUAUGCUGCACUGAAACGGCGGCAUCCAGAUGGUAAAGACAGAGUGAAGGCACUGUAUAUACGCAUUGUCUCUCCAUUCCCAGAAAUGGAAAGAUUCCUUCAGGACACCAUAAAAAGAUAUGACUUGGACCUGUUCUCAGUGGAGGGCAGCAUACGCCAGGCACUGAGCGAGGUGCAGGAAAGGAAGCCGGAGCUGAAAGCCGUCCUGAUGGGGACCAGGAGGAGUGACCCCUACUCUCACACACUCACAGCCAUGUGUCCUACUGACCCAGGCUGGCCAGACUACAUGAGAGUCAACCCUUUGCUAGAUUGGACGUAUCACGACAUCUGGUCCUUCCUGAGGACGUUAUACGUGCCCUACUGUAUUCUCUACGACAAAGGGUACACCUCACUAGGCAGUAUGGACAACACUUGCCGAAACGACGCCCUCCAGGUGGUGGAUGGGAGGGGGGUGAAGCGGUACAGACCGGCCUACAAGCUGGAGAACGAAGAUGAGGAGCGAAACGCCCGUGCCUGAUGAAACCUCACCUGUUGCUGAUAGACCCAGAUUCCUUGCACACGCACAGCAGUACACGGACAUUUUUUACCACGCAUUUAUGUGAAUAUUUACAUGAAGAGAUUGUUAAGGAAGGGUGUGUGUGCGUGCUUGUCUCAGAAUGCGAGUGUUCUUUGUUUCUACCUGUGAGUUUCAGUCUAAAGUAAUGUCUCUUUGUGCUGUUGAAUAAAACAUCAGUCUGUGUCAUCUUU